UCUGGCUAUAGAUCAGGAUCUAACGCAGCUGCGACCGGUGUGAAGAAGGCUCAACCCCCCGUAUUCUUACACUUUUUUGCGUUACCUGGAUCUCCCUCCCCAGGGAGACACUGUAGCCUGGGGCAACACUGCUGUGGCCCCUGCGCCCUCACCACUCAUCCUCUCCUGGCGAUCCAUACCUCGUUCGAUUCGUCUCAUCGAGCCCUACCCAACGGUAGCUCAUUCGCUCGAUUUGGUGGAGAACUGGUGGAGUGGUGGAGGGUUUCCCCUUGGGUGGGGUAGGAGAUGCUGGUGAUGUGGCGGCGAUAUCCCGGCGAGUUCUUCGACGUUUUUCCUCGUCUCUGGUGCGUUGGAAAGCCCUUGUCCAUCGCUUUCCAACGAUCCCACUCGCGUCAAGAUCCGCCCAGCCGUUGUGCUGCUAUCGCCCCCAUCGCCCCCUGGUCGCGUCGAGCGCUUCUCCCGGCCAUAUCUCCACGAGUUCACGAUAGUCUUGUGCGCGUGAGGGCUCCGUCGAUUCUCCUAGUCAAGGGCUUUCCAACAAGCCCCCAUACGCCUGAAUCUGCCCACUCGUUGGUCGUCAACCGGGUGUUCCUCGACCCCCUCCUCCUCAUCAUCCCCAUCCAUCUCCAUCCCCCAUAUCUCCUCGACCCCUGGACGGUUUCAGGCCGUUCUGGGCUCGUUCCGAUCGCAUCGACGAGCUCUAUGAGCCUAUCCCAUCGCCUUGGGACGACAUCCAGGUGUGUGCUGCACAAGCUGCGCCCUGUCCUCCCCUCGCUGUCCAGGUUGGCAGAGGCAUUCAGUUGCUUCCUGCUAGCACCUGCUGCGCAAGAAUUCCCCAACCUCCAUCACCUUCUGGGAGUGCCUCCCUCCACUCCUCCCCAUCCCAUCCUCCUUUGACACCAUAAUCCCGGUGUUGCCGACGCACUCAAGUCGCUCCUCCUUGGGACAGGACCUUGUCGAGAGGCCUUGCGGCGAUGCACAUUCCGCUGCUACGAGCCUCCUUGGUCCGCCAUGUCGGCUCUGGGCUAAGGCUCAGAGGUGGGGCAAGGGUGUAUACCGGGCGCCGUAUGAAUCGAGCUGGGUGGUUUGGGACAUUAUGCAGUAUGUUCGCUUUUUUGUGUUUUCCUUCCCUUUCUCCUCUCCCACCUUCUCUCCUUCCUUGUUCCGUUGUGGACCCGUUGUACGUGUCCAGAGGGGGAGAAUGUAAGGAUUCUGGACGGACUUAGGGUUAGGGUUCAUGGACUUAGGCCUCAGAUGCUAGCUACAUGGUCUUUAGCUUUCCA